AUGUCAAAUUUUCUGGACCAAUUGAUUAUGGAGGAUGUGGCUGCACACUGCCCAACCCAGUUUAUGGAAUACCAUAAAUGUAUAAGUCAAAAUCACGAGGAUCCGUCACAAUGCACAUACAGGCAAAAAGAUCUCGCAAAAUGUAUCCAGGAUAAUGUCCCUAGUGUUCAAAGAGUGAUGAAUAAAUGCGGAGAUCACAUGAAAAGAUAUGAAAGCUGCAUAAGAGACAACAUGGAAACAAGAACAAUCAAUGAGAACUGCUUGAAAUAUAUGAAAGAAUUGAGAGAGUGUGCGGAGAAUCAGAUGGAAAAAGACGGCAGAAGACCAAUAAAUGAAAUGUUUGUUUAUAGAGAUGAUGGGAAAUGA